AUGGACUCUCCACUAUCACCGAUUAUAGCGGACAUUACUAUGCAGGACCUCGAGAUUAAAGCACUUGAAGCCCUGACGUUUGUUCCACCUUUUUACGUCAGAUAUGUGGACGACAUCGCGAUGUCGGUUCCUUCUUCACAAAAAAAUUCCACACUCGAGACAUUUAAUUCUCUCCACAGUAGAAUACAAUUUACUUUAGAAGAAGGAACCAACAAACACUUGAAUUUUCUCGACACCACUAUUAUUGUUAGAGACGACACGAUUGAAUUCGAUUGGUACCACAAACCGACGUUUUCUGGCAGAUACCUCAAUUUCGCGUCGUCUCAACCGUUGUGUCACAAAAAGGGCACCAUUAAAUGCUUAACCGACCGAGCAAUACUUUUAGCCCAUCCAAGAUUUCAACAAAAAAAUCUCAAAUUCGUGGUCAAAGAUCUCAAUACAACUCUAUCAUACACAGGUUUACAGAAACUCAGAAACUUUAUCAAAGUUCAUAAAGACCCACUUCCAACGCUCGCACGCAACAAUGUAGUUUAUAAAAUCUCAUGUAAUGAUUGCAACGCAUCAUACGUGGGCCAGACCGGUAGAGUACUAGCCACUAGAGUAAAUGAACACCGCAAACAUAUUAAUAGAAACACGAAGCAAAUAUCAGUCAUAACGGAACAUAGACAAUCUGGCCAUGAAUUUGACUGGGAUAAUGUUGAAAUCUUGGAUGAAGAACCUUUUCUUUACAGGCGUCUCAUCUCAGAAAUGAUUUAUAUUAAACGCCAAACUAACGGCCUCAAUUUACAAAAUGACAUGGAUCUCCUGGGUGAUUUAUACAACCUAAUCAUCCAGGACCUAAAUAGAGUUUGA